GUAUGUCGCGGCGAGACAUAUUUGUAAAUUUCAACAUCCUUAUGUAGAGAACUGCUGCUACACAGGGUAUACGAUUUAAUUUGUAACAACGACGCUGCUAACUCCAGUGCAUAUUUCAUUAUUCAUAUUUUGCGUACUCAGUUAAUAGAGGUAUAUUUUUUGUUUGCAAGUAAAACUACAGGGGCCGAACAAAGCAGAUAAAUAAUUCAUCGUUUAUCUAGAGUGGCGGUAUGUUUAGGGCUCCAGUCCAAAUACAGUAGUACUGUCAAGUUAUUAAAGAAAGAGGUUAGGGCUGUGAAAUUGCUCUGCAACGUUAGCUGCAUUAAAUAAUAGAAGCACUGUUUUGAAUUACGUCAUGGAAAUGUAGGUUAUUGUGCUUUACUGUAAAACUAGUCCAUGACAAAUCACGCAGCUAAAGAAUACGACACACCGCGAGGACAAUCCACAACUGAUCAUUAUGGUAUUAUGGGAUGACGCAUAUUCAUUUAAACACUUCAGAAGACUAUACACCCAAACUGCGGACGUUAUCCGAGCAGGCUUAAAGGCAAGCACUUUGCAAUGUGAGCCUAACAAACGGUCUCUUGUGCCCUAAUUACACACAAUAAUAAUAAUUCCAUUUAAGACAUAGGCCCAUGUCUCCUCUGACCCCGGGGUUUGAUGGCACCCGAGGGAGUGUUUUUAAAUAUUCAUAUUUUAAAAACCACAAUAGUUUCAAUUUAGAUGACCGCAUCAUAUAUCCUUAGUCAUAUCACCUUUAUGAUUUAUUUUGACAAAAACGUGACCAAGUCCCGUUAUGGCUGACUUGAGAAACCUCCGCUGUGCAUGACUGCAUGCCUCUAAAACCAGCGCAUAUUGAAUUUAUAUGGCUCUAUCUUGUAAAGGUGUUCAUAAAAACGAUUAAAAAUAAAACACCCGCGAGAAAUUCAUACAGACACAAUGUACCGAACUAUUAAAGUACAAACACGGCACUUAUUCCAUUUGAAACUCCCAAGGCAUUGAGUCGUAAAGACUCGAUCACGACCUUCGGGAACACAUCAGUGAUCUUACACCUUUAGAGAAGAGAUGGGCGUGAAAAAAAGAAAUGGUGAACAAAGUGAUCCAACCAAACGUGCCUCAUUGAGAAUAAAAUGUAAAAUAUAUAUCUUCCUUCUUUCGCAAUGCACCUCUGUCGCCUUGGUACAAUAGCAACCUAUAGACGCCCAAGUAAAACAGCGUCUUUUAACAGCGUCGGACACCAAUCAAACCUACUAUGAUUUAAUAUACUGAUGAGAAUUUUAAUGGUUUUUAAUUACAUAAAACCGUUUAUUCCGGACUUGUAUCGUGGAGGAAUUAGUGAUCGUAACAAUUGCGCGCUCAUAAUGCGGCAUCAGCUGUUGGGUAACUAAGAUCCUCCUGGUGCGCGUAGCCCGCAGGUGAGUCACAUGGGCACCAGACCACCAGCUUCACAAAGCAGAAAGUAAAGAGUGAAGUGCUUCGUUUAUCAGAGGCACUCCGCUUAUGUGUCCGUUAGAGGAUUGCGGGUCACAGGGAGCGAAGACUAAAGAGAUUUAAGCACUUCGGACAGCGCCACGUCGCCGCCAAACUGAUCACCGAUAACUCCGGGCGAAACGCAAUUCGCCACCAAGAGUUUCCUAAGGACAGUUGGCUCCCCAACUUCCAUAUAGCGAUAUUAGCACAGAUUUAUAUAGGGAUAUACGGGACACGUUUCGGGAUCGAUGUGGCGAGAGCGCAGGGGCGGAUACGUGCUGCUUUCCGAUCGGUGAGCCAGCCGCUCCGUUCUCCCUCUCGCUCCACACCGAGGAAGGAUGCCGGAGAGAGGAUGUGUACCAGCCGGAAGAUCAUUUGGAGUCUGCUGGUGCUCUCCGUGGUGGAGAUAGGGCUCGGCGUGGGCAGCAUCGCGCUAGGGGCGGUGGGCAUCAGCCAGGUGAAAGCGGAGCACAAGGCGCAGCAAGGAGACGCGUCCCCGGUGUGGAGCGGGGUGUGUUUUCUCAUCUGCGGACUCUGCGGGGUACAUUGCGCCAAGAAAAGAACGGGACUCGUCCAUCUACUCGAAAACUCCACAUUAGCUGAAACCGAGGCUGCGAUUUGCGAAAUCCAAGUGUGGACAGUGUGUAUUUUAACACUUAGGAUGAUAUUAUUUUCAGCCUGCUGCAUCUGUGGGCUGAUUGGGGGGAUCCUGAAUUUCCAGUUUGUGCGGGCGCUGGUCAAGCGGCCCGACACGCUGCGGCCACUGCACCUGGCCGCCCUGAGUCUAGCCUGCUUAGGGAUCAGCACCUGCACGCUGUCCACAUGGCUGACCUGCCGCCUGGCCAGCAGUGAGCAGCAGAGGAUGUUCCUGGAGCGCGAGCACUCGCUGCACCACUCCCACGAGAUGACUGACAAGGAGAUACUGGACAACUCCAGCAAUGGGAUCCCCCAGAUUUCUUACAACGGGAGGACGUCACCUCCGUGAUCUGGAUAUCCAUCAAGCCGCCUCCUACUUUUGGCGAAGACGGAGAGAAACGACGCGAACAUGCGGUCGUUGAGUCAAAGCAGGCAGGUGACAGACAGCUGCUUUGGAGCGGGCGGGGCUGACCGGCCGCACUGGAGAGAUUUGACAGCCAGGAAGCCACUGAGUAGAAGCUAGACCAGGCUUCUGAGUCCAUCACCCUGCCUCUCAGACUCUGGCGGGAACACUAUCGAUCUCCUCGCAGUCUGGCUAAGCGGAUGGGAAGUCCAGCCUCAAACGUUUAUACCGCUAAGCACGAAACAAGCAUGCAUGUCCUUCAGCUCAUUGCCGGUGGCCCCUGUUUUAUUUUCCUCCAGUAUCUCAUUCUCUCGUUCUGAGAUUCUUCUGCCUGAGAUGGUGAUUCUGAUUUCGCCACCCUCGCAUCAUGGCUCAUUCCGGAAUGCUUCAACUACAAUGCACAGUAAUGUAAUGCCUGAAUUACUCAUGCUUGUACAUAUGGGGUAUAUCGUUUAUGAAUUUACAUUAUUUUUGUAUGAAGGCUUCUUACGGAAAUAAAGACCGAAAAGGCCAUAAGUCGAACCCUUUAAAAAAACUGAUGUUAAAUUGCAUUUCUAGAAGAAUCCAAGAAAAACCGGCGAAACUGACCACUGUGGCUACAUCUAAAGGAAGCUCCCUUGCAGCCCGUCUUCCACUCCACCCCCAAGAAUUUCCUGACGUACCGU